CAGUAUAACAUUGUAUUCGGACGCGUUCAGUUCACAAUACAUUUUUGUUGUGUGUGCGCGCUCUACCAAUUGUUGGGCGUUUCGGCUUUGGGCAAGAAAUUUCAUCAAUAUCAAAAAAAUAAAUUCACAAUUGAAGAUUUAAUUAAACUCUUGCAUAUUUUUCAACAAGUGCUUCAUUGUUGUCGCAAAAUAUUUGGGCAUUUUCAAGCGAUUUUUUAUUCCCAAAAGUGAAUUGAGUCCGUAAAAAACCUGAAUAAAUUUCUUUCUUCUUGUGUGAAUGACGAAAAGACUUGAAUUUUUUUUAUGAGCACAAACACAUGAUUGUACAACAUUUUGUGUGACGUUUUUCGAAUGGACGAUUGAGUGCUUAUUGCUUAACCGCAUACGUUUUUAGAACGAAAAUCAAAGAAAAAAAAUCCGCACGUCGAAACGGUGUUAUUUAUAAUAUUCGCGACGGAAAGACAAAAUUCAGCGAUUUUUCGGCUAACGAUGCGUUCACGGAAAUUCAAGCUCUAAAUCGAUUGUGCAGUUCAAUAGCCAGUGAUAAUUAAAUGUACAUUACGACUGAAUGCCAUAUUGAUGAGUUAUUAAUGUGUGUUUCAAAUCGCAAUUUUCCGUAAUCUGUCUGUGAAUUGUGCUAAGUGCGUUGAAAAUUUCACUUAAACCAAAUUUAACUUGUGUGUUUAUCAAAAUAGACAUCAACACGUUGACAUUAAUUGCAUUGCCGAACAUUUAUCGAAAUUAUUACGGUUUACCAUUGCAAUUUCAUACCGAAAACCGAAAUAAAGGUAUUAAUUGACACACAAAAACCAGGUAGAUGUGCAUAACAAAAGGAAAGAUUCGUGGAUUAUGUUUAUGUAUUUGUGAUGAUUGUGUAUUAUUUUGAGUGACAUCCAUUCGUAUCAACAAACCAGAUAAAGAAAGUUGUUUUAUUAUACCAAGCGAAUUUCGAUCACAAUCAAAGAAUUCUCACACAGACACAUUGAAACACUAACGAAAACAAUUUUAUUUGUACUUAUCAAAAACUACACCUGUGUGCACCUGUUUCCAAGCGAUUGCAAACGACACAAUUACAAAAUACAGAAAUUUCUUAGUUGGAACAGUUUUGGCCCGAAUUAAUGAAAACGUCAUUAAAAUAAGAUACACAUUGAAAACAGAAACGAAACGAAAAGAAGAAGAAAAUAAGCGAACAACAACACCACACACACACACACAUACAUACCCAAACCGCUUAACGAAGCGAAAUACAAGAAGCCAAGAGACUUGUGUGAAAUUGUGAAUUUUGUUUUUUUCGUUCGUUCGUUUACGGUGCGCCACAAUUGAUGCCAGUGCGUGUAUGAAAAGGACAGAAAAUACCAACACAAUGGCAGUUAAAAAUAAACAACAAUCAGAAAUUCGUUAUCGUUUCACGAUAUUGAAUUUCAUUUUUAUCUCGUUCGUUAGCAGUAUUUUAAUAGAUCUGGAGCUCAAGCACCGCCAAUGUACACCGAAAUGUUACCAGGCGGCCAAUUGUUGGCUUUGAUUAUCCCAUCGUUGACUGAAACCAUGGAAGGCACAUACUAUUGCUCAGCUUCAUAUGCCAACACUGAACCCAUCGUAGCUAGUGUUGACAUUCAGACUUAUGUCGCAAUCACAUGGAGAAAUGCUCCUGAAUUCCAAUAUCCAGUUGCUGGCAAAGACCACGUCGUUCAAUGUGAAGUAUCGGCAAAUCCGGCUCCCACAGUAGAUUGGCUCCGCAACGGCGAUCCCAUUAAAAUUGAGCCAGACAGUCGAUAUGUAAUCCAAACGAAAGGUCUUCUGGUGCGAAAUGUACAAGAAUCCGAUGAUGGAAUUUACACAUGCCGUGCAGCCGUCAUUCAAACCGGUGAAUUGGUUGAACGAAAUAUUCGCGUUGAGGUGCAAGUAUUGCCAAAAGUCCAACCAUUCACAAUGGAAUUGGAAGGUGUCGAAGAUCAGCCAUUCUCGGUGAAAUGUAACGCAACUGGUAAACCAGUACCAACAUACACAUGGAUCAAAGACAGUGAACAGUUGAACGUUGAAAAUGCGGACAGAUUCCAAGUGAAUGCAUUGACCGGACAAUUGAGCAUAUUGCGAGUGACAAAGGACGAUUAUGGCAACUAUACGUGCCGUGCAAAGAAUACAGCUGGUGAAGAUGAAGCGAAAACUCUUAUCAACGUAUUGAUUCGCCCACGAAUUUACGAACUUUGGAAUAUUACGCGCCCAGAACAUGAAGAAGCUGAACUUGUUUGCAAAGCUACCGGUCGCCCGCCACCAGAAAUCACAUUCAGACGCUGGGGAACCACUGAUGACUUCAUUCCGGGUGCACAAUACGGACCACAAAGCUAUAUUUACUUGGAACAACGCGGUGAUGAAUACAAAGGUGAAUCGACUGGUGUCCUUCGUUUCGAGAGAUUGCGACGCUCCGAUGAUGGUUUGUACGAGUGUAUUGCACGUAACAAAGGCGAUUCAGCAUACAAAGUCGGUCACAUCACCGUUGAAUACGCACCAUCCUUUGAGCAUAUGUUGGCAUUACCACCAGUUUACACAUGGAACGAACAAAGAGCUAACCUCAGUUGUUUGGCACAAGGUUUUCCAAAUGCAACAAUCGAAUGGAAAUGGAAUGACCGUCCGAUUCGUGAAUUGAACGAUCCAAAUAUGCAAAUUGAAGGAAAUGGCCCACGCAGCGAUUUGUUGAUUAUCCCACGUGAACGCCGUUACUACACCGCAUACAAGUGUGUUGCUAAAAAUCGUCUUGGAACCGCUGAACACAUCAUGGAACUUCGUGAAGCUCGCAUUCCCGAUGUCAUUCCUCAGGCCAAAUCAAUUGUUGUGACUGCUACAUCAAUCACAUUUGAAAUUUUGUCACCGCCAUACGACCCAGGUCUUCCAAUCACUGCAUUCGCUUCACAAUACAAAGACCGAAACGAACCCGACUGGACAAAUGCAUACAAUCGCUCAUGGUCACCGGAGAGUAAAUUCACUGUUGAAGGUCUUCGACCACAGACUUUCUAUGAUUUCCGAUUUGCUGCACUCAACAAAGUCGGUUUGGGCCAAUGGGGUGCAUACGUGGCACAAGCUACACCAGUUCGUUCAUUCCCUGAAUCACCGAAAAUUUUGCACAACAAAGUUCAAAACAGCGAAAAUAAAGAUGAAGAACCACUCGUCGUUUCACCAUACUCGGAUCAUUUUGAAUUGAGCUGGAGCAUUCCUCCCGAUAAUGGAGAACCAAUCAAUUUCUAUCAGAUCAGAUAUUGCCCGGGUCUAAAAGUCGACGGUGCUUGGAAUGAAGUCAAUCAAUUGUGCGAAACAAAGAAUGCGCCGCCAAGCGAAACGGUUGGUUUUAAAAUGACUGGAUUGCGUGGCGACACAUACUAUCGCAUACAAAUUCGUGCACACAAUGCAAUCGGUUUCUCGAAACCAGUGACACUGCUUAUGAAAACGGCUGUAGGUCGCGACUUAGUGAUUCCGGCGCAACCAAUAAAAUCAGCCUCACUCAUUGCUGUGGCCGUCGGUGGUGUUAUACUGUUCUUGCUGAUCAUUGACUUUGUUUGCUGUCUGACGCUUCACAUCGGUGUGAUUGCAACAUUGUGCCGACGCAACAAACGAGCCCCAUCCGAAUUGGACGAAGAAACGAAAAUCGGCAGUCUUUACGGCUGGCGUUUCCCGCUACCCUCGCCUUUACCUUAUUGCAGCGGACAACUUGUGAAGGAACCACCACCAUCACCAUUACCAUUGCCACCACCACUCAAACUUGGCGGAUCACCAGUCACCACACCGGACGAGCACGAGCCACUGAACGAUUGUGAUUCGAUGAAGAAACCGUUGUCCGUUGAGUAUGACGGUCGAACCGUUCAUUCCCGAAGCGGUGACUUUGUCGGCAAAAACUCAGCGGUGUGAAUGUAAAGCGGACACCUGCAACAACGACCUAAUGGGAUUACAACUGUUAAUUGAAUGACUUUUGAUGGAAAAAAUUCUAAAAAAAUAAGAAAGAAAAAGAAUCGACAAAGAGAAAAUAAAUUUAUGUAUGAUAAACGCAGCAGCAACGCUAAGAACACAAGAAAAAAAUAGACAAAAAAAACAUCCAUUUGCUAAAUGUGAACAAUUCAAAAUGCAAACAAGAAAAAAAAUCAUGUAAUAAAUGUAAACGUUAAUAUUUAAGAGUAGCUAUGAAUAACAAUAAUUUCGAUGUCAACAUUUACCAAAGUAAGACUAUCAAAGGAAAAGAAAUAUGUGUCAUUGCAUGCAGCAAAUUCAUACGUAAUCAGCGAACGAUCUUGAUUGGCAGUUUGAUUUUGCCAUACAAACCAAAAGCAUUCUCAUUCACAAUUGAUUUUAAAUUAAAUUUUGUUUUCGCCAAUUUUUUUCUUUCUUGAAUAAGUUCCAAUUAACUAAAAGAAAAUUCGAGCGUAAUUGUCACAAAACACAAAAACAAUCCCAAAACAAUUUAUUAGUUAAGUAUCGGUUAAUAUGUAUCGUCUCUAGCUGUAAAUUGUGUCUAAUUAAGGGAAUUUUUUUUACGUGAAUUGGAUUUAAAAAAAAAAACAAAUUUAGUCUUGGCUUGCUUAAGACACACAAAGCAAGAUCAGUUUACUUAAAAAAGAAGAAGAAGACGGUGUAAGCGCGAAAACGCCAACAUUUUAUUGUUAAUAAUUGACAAGUAAUAUAAUUAAUUUCAUAUUUUUUUCUUUGUCUUUCACGUUUAAUUGUUAUAUGUGUCUAAAUAUCUAAUUCCAUUCCGUUUGAAUAAUAAGCUAGAGACCAGAGCGAGAGGUAUUACUAAAUAAAAUGAAGGAAUACGAAAGAAAAAAAUAACAAACAGAUAAAAUAAACCAAAUUUCAUAAUUUAUCCUACGUGUAGCUGAAGUAAGUGACGAGAAAAGAAGCCAAAAAGAAAGAAAUAGAAAUAUUAAGUCGAUGCAUCCAUUGUGUGAUUUCGUUUUCGUUUCUCUCACACACUGUGUGAACUCGGGAUAAAUAAAUUCACCGAGCCGAACUGAACUGAUAUCAAUGAACAAUUAUUUCACGAAAACGUACUUACUAAUCAUACUUCCCUGGUUACAAUCACUAUAAUUUCUCUGAUAGUGGAUGUUAAUUUCAAUUUUGCUCAUGGCCAAACUACAUCCAUUUUAACAGCAGAUUCCAUGCUCUGCAUUUUAAUUGUGUAUCUUUGGUCAUGGCUCAGUCGAUCAAAGGAUUUAUUUUAAAUGGAUCAAAAAGAUGUAAUCUCUCAACUUAUACGCAAAUUUUAUGGAAACUUACCAUGUUCACAAUUUCCAUCAUUUACCUUUAACCAAGCAACGCCAUUACUUUAUGUGCCAUUGAAUAUUCGCUUCAAACCAUAUAAAUAUUUACAUUAAGUUCUCCGUCACAUGACAACAAUACCCGUUUCAUUUUUUUCGUCGAUUUUUUUUUUGUUCAUUGACAAAAUUCCAAAGAUAAUUCAAGCCAAUUUUAUUCCGUAAAUAUGAUUUUCACUGAAUAAUUUUUUAUUCCAUAUUCAAAACUGCCUUAUUUGUCUAAAUAUGCUAAAUGUGUUAUACAACAAAUUCUGCAAAACGGUAUAAUUCCAAACAAAUCACCAAAAACCGAAUUUUCAAACUAUUUUCCAAUCUUUGGUCUGAUUUUAUUCCAUUUUUUUGUCUGCAAUUUUUUUGGUGCGAAAAUCGGACAGUUUAUCAAUUGAAAUUUUUUAACAAAAAAUUAUGCAAAAACUUACUAUCGAUAAUAACCGCAUCUAUAUUCAAUUUAAAUUAAUGAAACGGGCGAAUUCAAACCAAUUUUUAGUCGUUGGUCCAAUGCGAUGCAAUUUUAUUCCCACAAUUCGGAAAUUAGUCAAAAGAAAAACACCAGGGAAUGUGGCCAAGACGAACGAUUGAACGUUUGUUUGCUUUGUUCCGUUCUUGCUUUAGUUAAACACAUAUUUGCUAUACAAAUAUAAAUUGUGAAUUUUUUUAUAUAUUAUUUACUCAACAACAACAACAACACAAUGGAAACGGUAAUAAUUUUGACUUAAGCAAAAUUUUAUAUUACGUAUUAUGAUCAACUGACACGUGAAACGAAAUAAAAGAAAUAAAUGAAAAACAAAACACGA